GCGAGCGGGAGAGGCAGCGGCAGAGCCCGGCGGCCACCAUGGAGCUGGCGAUGGAGAACCUGGGCAGCCUGCACGGCGUCCCGCACUCGCAGCCCGCAGAGCUGCUGAGCCCGGCGCACGGGCGGCAGGGCUCGCACCGCAACCUGGUACCGCACGGCCGGCCAGCCAUGGUCUCGGGCAUGGCCUCCAUCCUGGAGGGGGGUGACUACCGCGCCGAGCACAGCCUGGCCGCCCCGCUGCACCCCGCCAUGAGCAUGUCCUGCGAGUCGCCCUCCGGCAUGAGCCUGAGCAGCACCUACACCACGCUGACUCCCCUGCAGCACCUGCCGCCCAUCUCCACCGUCUCGGAGAAGUUCCACCACCCGCACCACCACCACCACCAUCACCACCCGCACCAGCGCUUGGCCGGCAACGUGAGCGGCAGCUUCACCCUCAUGCGCGACGAGCGGAGCCUGGCCUCCAUGGGCAACCUCUACAGCCACUACCCCAAGGACAUGCCCGCCAUGGGGCAGCCCCUCUCGCCGCUGCCCAACGGCCUGGGCAGCCUGCACAAUGCCCAGCAGCCGCUGGCUCCCUACGGCCCCGGGGGCCACUUGCCCAACGAGAAGAUGCUCUCGCCCAACGGCUUCGACUCUCACGCCGCGAUGCUGUCCCGGGGCGAGGAGCACUUGGCGCGGGGGCUGGCGGCUCCCAGCUCGGCCAUGAUGCCACCGCUCAACGGGAUGCACCCGCACGGCCACCCGCACGGCCAGCCCGGAGGGGCCCUCCUGGGCGAGAGGGAGCGGCAGGCCUCGGCCACCGGCUCCCAGCCCGGCGGCUCCGGGCAGGUGGAGGAGAUCAACACCAAGGAGGUGGCUCAGAGGAUCACGGCCGAGCUGAAGCGCUACAGCAUCCCGCAGGCGAUCUUCGCGCAGAGGAUCUUGUGCCGCUCCCAGGGGACCCUCUCGGACCUGCUGCGGAACCCCAAGCCCUGGAGUAAGCUCAAGUCAGGCCGGGAGACUUUCCGGAGGAUGUGGAAAUGGUUGCAGGAGCCGGAAUUUCAGAGGAUGUCGGCGCUCAGGCUGGCCGGUAAGGGCACGGCGCGGUCUGCGCCCACCACGCGUGUCGGUGGGGGCUCUCCCACACUGCCAGACCCCCCCCCCCCCGCCACUUGCAAACGCAAAGAGCAAGAGCAGCAGAAAGACAGGAGCCUGCAGCCCAAGAAGCAGCGGCUGGUCUUCACGGACCUCCAGCGCCGCACCCUGAUCGCCAUCUUCAAGGAGAACAAGCGCCCAUCCAAGGAGAUGCAGAUGACCAUCUCACAGCAGCUGGGCUUGGAGCUCAACACCGUCAGCAACUUCUUCAUGAAUGCCCGCCGGCGGUGUAUGAACCGCUGGCAGGAGGAGCCAGGCGCCAACCCUGGAGUCCCCUCUUCUUCUACAAGCACUUUCUCCAAAGCAUGAUGUCCCCCAGCCCUCCCUGCCCCUUCUUGGACAUCCUCCUCAUGACAAAGCCAACCCCAGACUCACACGCAUGUCCCGAGCCAACCAGGGUGGGUGCUUUUGGAUGCUGCAGGUCCAUCAGCCUCCCAAACCCUCAGCCAGGCAUCACCCCUGGACAUCGGCCUCGUGCCACAUCCUGCUGCCAUGUCCUCCCAGCUCAUGGAGCAGGGAAAGGGUUUGCCACCACAUCAGCUCCAUACCUGGGAGGGCUCGGAGGAAACCUGUGUGGAACAAGAAAUGACUUGGGAUGGAGGGAGAGGGUGAGGUGCUGUUUGGAUGCAUCCCUGGUGCUCGAGGGCCACAAAACCUUGUCUUCACCUACCCACCAGGGUCGCUGGGGAGAGGGACAUGUCCUGACCCUACCCAAACCUCAACCUGUGCCACAGCCGCCCUUAUGGCUCCUAUGGUGGAGGGGUAAAGGUGGGGGAGAUACAAGAAGUGGAGUCAUGGGGCUGGGCUCUGGCACAACCCCACUGAA